UACUAUAUAGUAAAUCGUCGAAUCGUGAAUCGUGAUUCGUGAUCUGAAUUCUGAAUCUGAGUAUCAAACGAUCAGGCCGAGAAUUAGUCAGUAUUUAGUAUUUACUUCCUAUAUUUAAUCUUUCCUUAUUUGUGGACUUGAUAUACGACUAUACGAGUAAACCACUGUAAAACCAACUAUCGCCAUUUAACAUUCAAGACUCCAGUGAAUAGUGAUACCACAAAUCAACAUUAAUUUAACGGCAAACCUUAAGAGUUAUGAUUAAAUUGAAUAAAUAGUAAAUUCUAGAACAGUAGAACCUAAUAUUCUUAAAAUAAUUUUCCAUGUCCUCUUUAUCAACAUUAGAAUCAGUUUUGGUGAAAGAACUAUUUGUUUCAUCAAAAACACCCGUUCAGGAACUUGAAAAUAUGUUGGCAGUUUUUGAUUUCGAUCACACAAUAGUUGAUGGCAAUUCUGAUGUAGUUGCUAUAGAUUUAAUAAAUCCAACCAGUCUUGUUCCAAACAGAAAAGAUUUCCCAAAUAAUUGGACUCAAUAUAUGCAAAGAGUUUUUGAUAUAAUAAAAACUAUUGAAAUUCCAGCUGAACAAAUAAUAGAUGUYGUAUCCUUAAUGAGGCCCAAUGAUGGUAUGCCAAAGUUAAUAAGAACGCUUUAUGAAAACAAUGUUGAUAUCAUAGUGGCAUCCGAUUCAAAUUCAUUGUUUAUUGACAAUUGGUUAAAACACAAUAAAUUAUCAGAUAUAGUUUCAUCCAUUUACACAAAUCCAGCUUUAAUUGUAAAUAGUGCCAUUAAAAUUGAACCUUAUACUUUUCAACACAAAUGCAAUUGGUGUACCACAAAUAUGUGUAAAGGAGCUAUUGUGGAGGAAUAUGCAUUAAAUACAAAUAAAAAAUACGAUAAAAUAUUAUAUUUCGGCGAUGGUAAAAACGAUUUAUGCCCAGUUUUGAAAUUGACUAAAAAUGAUAUUGCCUUUCCAAGGUUGGGUUACAUUUUGGAAAAAUUGCUGAAGUCACAUAUAACUCCAGCAAAAGUGAUACCAUGGAGUACAGGUGAAUAUAUUUAUGAGUUCUUAAAGUCUUCUAAGCUUAUUUCAGCUUAGUUAAAUAUGGAAGAUUGUUUUCUAAUAAUUAUUAGCAUAGUUAACUCUUACAAGUAUUUGUUAUGUUGUAUAAAUCAUAAAUAUUGUAUUUACAAUUUAAUUUGAUGUAAAAUACUCAUUUAUUCAGUUAACUAUCAUUCAUCAGAUCAAUAAAUAUUUUUGCACUAAAAAUCAUAAAACUACCUAUAUUAUUUUUAUAAAUAAUAAAUAUACCAGUGUAAAAUGUUAUUUAAAAAGUGUAGAGUCCAAUCUUUUGUUUUUUAGUAUGGAUCUGAAAUACACUUGAAGUAGACAAAUUAAUGGGAGAUAUAACUUUUCUAUCAAAUAGAUUAAGCUGAUCACUGAUCACAUAACAGUAUACAAGAGUAAAUAUGUUAUUCACUAGACUACCACAAUAUUGGUAGAUAGUUUAGUUUCUUCAAUGAACAAUUAAUUUUUUAAUUAUGGUAAUACAUUUUAUUAAAAUUAUUUUUAACUUUCUUAUGAUCAAAUUGAGUAAACUUAACUGCUCUUUUAGUAACAAUACACUUAAAUUAUAGUAAUUUUUUUGUUAAUAAAUUUAAAUGAUGUAUUUAAUUGUUAAUGAUAGUUAAACAGUUUAAAGUAACCAACUAAAUAAAA